AUGUAUGCACACCUUCGGACCUCCAAUGCGCCGCCGCAGUCGCCGACAGAGUCGCCAGUGAAGUUGCCACUGCCUCGUCCCUCGGCAUACCCGACUUUCGUCGGACCAAUCGACGUAGCCACCGUCCUCAUCUGUCGCCGCCGUCUUAUCGGCCCGUCCCGUCCCGUUGCCACUGUCACCAUAUCCGCCGCUGAAACACUACAGUCGAGCGCCACGAUGACAUUCACGGCCACCAGUCCCGACAUCACUCCGGCAAGGCGCGGCCACCAGCCAAUCGAGUGUCACUUGGGCCUUCACGGCGAGUGCCAUCAUGUCAGCGGUGGAGAGUAUGCCCUGAAAUUAUUUUUGCUUGGUGAAAUCGAGAUAUCCGAUGAUGGAGGCGUCUGA